AUGGCUUUAAACAUCAAUUAUAUGUCGACUAAGACAUAUAAUUUUAUGCGCGACGAUUUGGGGUUUGCAUUGCCCCACAAAAAAACACUUUUGCGUUGGCGUCCGAUCCGGUAUGUCUGCCCCGGUAUCGACGAAAAAGUCUUGAACAAUUUAAAAAUUGUUCAAGACUUUAAACCAGAAGAACGCAUAUGCCAAAUAAUUUUCGACGAAGUCUCAAUCAGAAAAGAUCGGACGUACAACAAAGUACGAGAUGUGAUUGAUGGCUUCGUCGAUAAUGGAGAAGAUGGCGUAAAAGUGAAUUUGUUAAAUUUGCUCAAGAGCAAUAUAAAUGCCUCGGAAGAAAUCGGGCUUAAAAUCAAGUCAAUAGUGUGUGACCAAGGUGCACAAAAUGCCAAAUUGAGGCAACUAUUAGACGCUACGACAGAAAAGCCAUAUUUCUUUCAUAAUGAAAGAAAAAUAUAUAUGAUGUUUGACUAUUGCCAUUUAAUAAAAUGCAUGCGCAAUAUGUUAUUAAAGUAUGACGUUGAAACGCAAGAUGGGCUGACAACUUUUAAAGUUGUCCGAAAAAUAUAUGCCAUAGACCAGGCGAACGUUAAUUUUAAAAUGUGCCCUAAAUUAACCUAUUCGCAUGUGUACCCCGCAAACUUGGAAAAAAUGUCAGUGUCAAGAGCGACACAAAUAUUUAGCAAUUCGGUCGCCGCGGCAAUUGAUAUGGCAAUAAAGGAAAAUUUAUUGGGCUCCGAUGAGCAUUUAAAAAAAUGCGCUAAAGCAACCCAACUGCUGGUAAAAAGAAUGAAUGAUCUGUUCGACGAAUUGGAUUGCAAGACGCUUUACAAUCCAAAUCCGCGAAGACGACCAAUACAAAGAGAUUGUAUUGAAAAAAUAAACAGAUUAAAAGAUCACAUUCAAUAUAUAAAAAAUAUUAAAAAGCCCAACAGCCAAAUAUUAUGCCUCGAUUCAUUUGUAUUAACAAUAAAUGCAAUGAUUGCAUUGAGCGGCGAUAUAUUCGAUGAAUAUUCGAAUAUAUCAUUUAUACUCUUAGGGAGAAUGAACCAGGAUGCACUGGAAAACUUUUUUUAUAAGAUACGGGCAAAUUUAGGAUGUAAUAAUCAUCCAUCAGCACACGAGAUGCAAUAUAUUGUUGCAAGGCUAUUGUCCAUGCAUAUAUUGCGACGCAACUUCUCGCAAACAGGCAGCAAUUGCGAAGAAGACGACGACAUAAACCUUGAUUGGAAUAUUGGCCAGGAAGACGACCUGAAAGAAAAUUUAAAACCGUCUGAGCAACUUGCCGUGGAACAAAUAUAUGUUCCAGAUGAGCACUUUGCUCAGACCGAAAAACCAGCAGAAAAACAG